ACACUCGCUUUCCGCCCGGUCCAGUUUGGUGGGCAGGGAACCGACACUCGGGACGCACCAGUAAAAAAAUAUUCCUCGACCAAAACUCCAGACACCCGAUACACGUCCGUUGUUCCAUUGUUCACAUGCAUUUUGUUCGUUUAUUAAACUCGGAAAAUGUACGAACGUCCCUGACCGCAGACGCCGGCUGGCAUAGUAGGCGCUUCUCGCAGGCGACGUGAUCCUUUCCCUUUCCUUUUGGUCUAUUUUAUUUUAUUUUAUUUUUUUUUUUUUCUCGCACUUUCGUCAGUCAGCGUCGCUCCAUCUAUCCACUAUCCGGCAAAUUUUUUACGCUCCCGUCCCGCCGUAUAGAAAACUAUUUUCGUUUCGGUUUCGGGACCCGCCAAAAAACGCCGGUUUCGAAGCCGAAAAACCUUAAAAAUUAUCACUGUUUAUUCGCGAAUUAUCAUCGUCCGGGCCCGGUGUGUGUGUCUGUGCCUGUGUCUGUGUGUGUGUGCAUGUGUGUGCGGAUCAGCCGGGCCGCUAAAAUAUUUCGUAUCAUUCCUAGACGAUACCGCGACGAACGGACGCGACUUCCCAAAAUAUUAUUAUUUACCCAUUUUUUUUUCUUUUCGCCACGAAGAUGCGGUUUUUACGCGUAAAAAACCACGCACUUUUUCAACGGCACAACUAUUGAAGACCGUGGACGAGACGCGCGCGCGAACUAGUGUGAACAGUGAUUUUUAAUAGAACCAAUUUUGCAGGUGAAACAUAGUUACGAUGGUAGACACUCAACAUUUCUGUCUGCGUUGGAACAACUAUCAGAGCAGCAUAACAUCUGCGUUCGAGAAUUUAAGGGACGAUGAGGAUUUCGUGGACGUCACGCUAGCCUGUGACGGCAAAAGUCUGAAGGCCCAUCGAGUGGUCCUUUCCGCGUGCAGUCCGUACUUCCGUGAACUACUCAAGUCGACCCCCUGCAAACACCCUGUGAUAGUGCUGCAAGAUGUGGCGUGGACCGACCUGCACGCCCUGGUGGAGUUCAUCUAUCACGGCGAGGUGAACGUGCACCAACGCUCCCUGUCCUCCUUCCUCAAGACGGCGGAAGUGCUCCGCGUCAGCGGCCUCACGCAACAAGCGGACGACCGCGAUCAAUUGGCCCAAGUACAAAGUCUGGUACGAUCUCACCAAUCUACACCCACGACCAACCACCACCAUCCGAGCUUCACGGAGAAGUUGGUGGAAGAUGCGCUCUUCACGUCUCCCACAUCGCCGCCCCACGGCGCCACCGUCAACCAGCUGUUGAGACGUGCCGCCAUGCACAACCGGAGAGAGAGACGGAUGUCGCUCGAUCCCGAGUCGGAACAGAAGAGAGUACGUUCGGAACACAUCAUAGGCAACAACAACAAUAAUGAAUUGAACUUGUCGCAUACACACCCGCCUCAAACGCAACCGGCCGACUUUUCGCCGAGCGCCAUGAAGAACCAUGCAUUGAACGCACUCAACGCACUCAAUCUCAAUUCGAAUAUCAAAAAUGAGGUGGAAGGCAACGGCAUCAGCAGCACGGAACGCGAGAACUCGCCCUGCUCACCCUCGCCCAUCCUUCAUUCUCGUUGCAAGGAAGAAGAUGCCGUGAAGAACGAACCGAUGGAGCUUCUCUGCAGCACCAAUCAGGACGAGAACAGUGUGGAUAGCAGCGCGGACGCCGGAGGCGGCGGUGCCGCCGGGAACGGUCCGACAAACCUGCCGCAGGGUCCGCAUUCUGGAGGCAGCUCGGCUGGCGACCACGACGAUCACGACAGCCCCAUGGGGCCGUACCUCACGCCGUCGGAGAGCAAGCUAUUCGCGACGGCGGCCGGCGGCUUCAAUUUCAGCAUGGCGGCACUGGCUGCCGACCCAUCGAGUCUCGGAGGUCUAAAUCAAUCUCUGCCAACCAACGACAGCUUAGCCGGCACAUCGCAAGGGCCCGUACGAAUGCCCCCGCCCACUUCCGGAGGCAUCAACGAACCGCAGGAGUGUCCAUACUGCCGGCGCACCUUCAGCUGCUACUACUCCCUUAAACGCCACUUCCAGGACAAGCACGAACAGUCCGACACACUCUACGUGUGCGAGUUCUGCCACAGGCGGUACCGGACCAAGAACUCCCUGACCACGCACAAGAGCCUCCAACACAGGGGUUCCAGCGGUAUGCUCAAGCGACUGCUCAAGACCACCGCCAUCAAGACGGUGCUCGGGGCCUCUACGGCCGCUGCUGCCGUCUCUCCAGUACACCAGCAACCGCCAGCACGACUACAGUGAGACUCCGAAGCCGACCUGUCCAUUAGUUCGGUUCCUCACUCUGACAUUCAAAUUUCACGCUGUAUUCUCUAACAACUUCUUUCGAAUUUCUACGUUCUUUCAUCACUUGUUUUUCAAAUUACAAUUCAAUUUAUCCAAGUCAAUGAUUUUAAACUGAUAACGGGAUAUUUUCACGAAGAAUUGUUGAAGAGUGCCGUGUCAAUUUGGAGAGUUCGUGUGAACCGAACUAUUGCCAACUCAAUCGGCCUAAAUCAAUUCGAACAGUAAACCGCAAGUACAAAUCUCCCAUGAAAAUAAGCAAACAGAGCCCCUACGUAGUUUUUAUAUGCAUCUUUUUACUCCAUCGCAUAUAUACACAGACAUAUCCCUUCGAGUAACCCAUAUCAUUUCACUGCUGUGUUGAUGUUGUUGAUGUUUAUAUUCUACACUUCUACUGCUAUUGAUAGUGUCAGUGACGUGAUCUGCCCUCCUCGACGACACAAGCAAGACAUUCCCAGUGUUACUGUGAUUGAGUUCAUUUUUUCAAAACAAACAACAGAAGUUGAAAAGGACAGACUAUUUUUUUUCUUCCGGCGGCUAAUUACGAAACUGCCCUUAAAAAAUCCAUCUCGAUUAUUUAUCACAUUGGCAAGAAGCCCUAGCUGUGCGUUGGUAUUUGUGAAAUCGAUUGGAACUUCACCGUAAAUUCCAAAAAUCAAAGUAAUCACGCACAAUCUAAUCCUUAGUAGGAUUUAACAAAAUCUAAUUCCAUCCUAACGUUUGAACCGAUUUUUUUUUAAACUAGAUCUAGUAAAUACCUUCCGACGUAAAACUGCCAGUAGUUUUCAGGGUUUUUAUACAUACUACGAAUUGCUGGAACUAGUAGCUCUUUAAAAAAUAUCAAAGCGCAACAGACGGAACAAAAUCAAACAUGCCCAGUACAAAUGUGAUAAAUAUCUAAUUAGUGAUUACCAGCCUAGGCCUAAAAAUAGUCUGAUGGUAUGGUGAAGUGACGUCGGUUUCUAGAAUGCAUUAAUUAAUGUGAUAAAUUCUCCGAGUAAAAUUGCUCAUGUGAUUUUCUUAAAACAAGUUGUAGUAUGUAAUUUUGUAGGAGCAGCUCCUACUGAAGAAAAAAAAAACGUUUUAGUGUUAUGUAUGUAUUUAUGUUAUUGAUAUUUUCUCUAGAUAGUUUCUGGAUGAAGAAAACUAUAGGACAUUUUACUGUGACUUUAUUCACAAUUACAUAUCUUUCCAGGGUUUACUAUUGUUGUAUAUAAUGAUGUGCCAAUCUUUAUUGCAUUUGUUUUUUAUUAUGUAUUUUGUAGGGAAAAUGGAUUGGUUUCACUUAAUCUGUGUGCUAAUCUGGCCGUGGCCGGUAUACGGAUAAUUGUCCCGCAUUUAAGAGGCCGCUAAGCGAACUCGAAUUUUUGGCUAGUUAAAAUUUAUUUUAUUUGGAUAUAGAUAUAUUUAUUUGUUUCUAUUGUUAUUUUGUUGAUAAAAUUUGUUUUUGCUGUGAUUUAGGUUAAUUUUUUAGGACAAUUGUCCACUGAUCGGUCACGAAAUACACGUUAAAAUUUAUUUUCGAUCUGAACGGCACGGUUCUCCAAUUUCGGCAACCGUAAGCAUACAUUUGACUGUAUAUUUAGUGCUGUGACUAAACAAAAAAAUUGUCUGAUUAGGUUAAAAUUAUUUAUUUCUUUAGUUUGUUUGUGAUACGGUUCAACCAAAGACAUUUCAAUUUAAAAAUAUGAAAAAUUAGUUAUUUCGAAAAGAUGCAAGAUAUUUUUUUAAACGUGCCAUGAAAAUUAUUAAAAUUAUAAACGUAGACAUCAAAAUGUCUGGUUAUGUACAUUUUUUGUUAUUUAAAUAUAGUAUUUAGGGUAAGUUUAACGAUAUCAAUUUGUUAAAAACAAAAAAAAAUUGCAUAUCUAUCUACUCAUGCCAAGAUACAUAGUAAUUGUGCUGAAGCAAAUUAUAUAUAUUGAAGAAAAAUUGACAGUAUUAAAAUUUGUACCUAAUUGGUAGGUAGCAAUUUAGAUAUUUUAUAAAAAAUUAUAUACAUUUUAAAGUUUAUCUUUCUAAUAUUGGUCUGUGCAAAUACUAUUUGUAGAUUUUGUUACCGAUGGAAAAAAAAUUGGCGUGAAUUUAGAAGUAGUGUAUGUGGUGUUAAAAUGUACAAUUUUCAAUCUUAAUACCAAUUUAAUCUUUUCAACAUAUUCGUGGAAUCAAAAACCAAGGAAUUGCUCAAUGUUAACAAUAUAAAACUGUACACAUCACAUCAAAAUCUCGUUAAAAUCUUUGAAUGGUUUUUCAAGUUAUUUUUUACUUGUAGAUCGGAAACUAUCAAUGGUUUUAAUAACCAAAAUAAAAUACAUGAUUUACGUUGUUCAUCCGAAACAUAUCUGAAAAAAAAUUCAUCACAUAUCCGUUGUGCAACUUGUAAAUGAAUUUAUUGAUUACAUAUUAUUGUUUUUGUUAUUCGAAUAUAGUUAAGUUAUUAUUACAAUGCUUGAACUUUGCAAAAUAGUUCAAAUGACAUUGCCUUGGUUACACGCACAGCGCUUUUGGAUUUAGUUUUUAGGAGGAAUGGAAUAAAUACAAAAAAAAAUAUUUUUUGUUAAUUUUUAUUAAUUGUGGCAAUUGAAAUGUACAAAAUUAUAGAGUAUAUUUUGGAAUUAAUCAAAGGCAACACAAAGGGCACUAAAUUGCUGAAGCAAAUAUAUAUUUACAAAGACAUUUGACCAAACGUGUAUUCGCUGUUUUUUGAUAUUUUAAAUAACUUGUAGUUAUUCCAGAAUUCUUUUAAAUGGAAAAUGAGGUUAAAUUGGUAAAGAAAAAAAAAUAGAAAGAUUUUAGAAUAAAUAUGCACUGCCCCAUCAGGAAUGAAUCGUUUCUUUAUAUUCCGUUCCCUCAUAUAAGCAACAAGAUGCCUUGAUACCAGUACAACACAUACUGUUUAAUGAAAAAAAACUACAAGCGACGACAAAUUACUAUAAUACCUCAAUAUACUCAGACAACCCACAGAUGUACUUAUAUUGUAUUGUAAGUAGACUAAGAGAAAACAUUAGCUUUAGAAUUUUAUGCUUAAUAUGUCUGUUCACUCUACAUUCUGCCAUUUCCCGUUAAAAAGCGAAUUAUUGAAAUCUACCCCUCUACUGAUAAAUAGAUGUCAAAUUGUUUAACAAAGAAUAUAUAGUUUUAUAAACCAUUUUCGGCGAAACCGUAGAAUGUAGACUUGAAUAAAAGAAGUGUAUAAUUUUUUUUUUUAAGCGCAAACGGUUUAUUGGGUACUUCUUCAGUUUACUUUUUCCUUGUAAAUACAUUAUUAUUAUUCUAAUUAUUAUUAUUUUCAUAUGCUUGUGGGAUUUUUUUAAGUUAGCCACUAAAAAAUCAUACAAAAUGCUUCCAUCUUAAUUUUAGGAAUUAUUUUUAUUUAAAUUUUAUUAUUAAGAAUAACUUUUGUUAUUUAAAAACUUAUGAAUAUAUUAUGAUGAUUGUUGGUGUAAUAAAACGAUUAAAAUUUUAAUUGUACUCGUUUAUUUUCCUUAUAAUAAUAAAACAAAACCAAAAAGGUAAGUAGUUUUUUAAAGUAAGCUAUGUAAUAUAAGCAAUAUUAGAUAAAAUUAGAGUAAGCUAUAUUAUAUAAAACUGACGAACGCAUUAAUUAAACAAAUGAACUCGUUGUCACACAAACUUUUUGUCGUUGAGAUUUUAGUUGAUUUUAGUCAUUAAAAUGAAUGCAGUUAAACAACUAACUCCGCUGCUCAACCGCGUAUUAAUAAUGAAGAUGGAAGCACCAAAAGUGACUUCUGGGGGCAUCAUGUUACCAGAAAUCAAGCAGAAAGAACAGUACAGAACUGGAAAAAUUCUUGCUGUUGGAACAGGAAUUACAAACAACGAGGGCAACUUCAUCCCCAUGUGCCUGAAACCUGGGGACGACGUGCUUUUCCCGAAUAUUGGCGGUAUGAAAAUAAAAUGCGAUGGAAAGGAGUGCUACUUGCACAAGGACAAUGAAAUUUUAGCUGUCGUUUAAAAAAAUUGAAAUUUUUUGAUUUAUAUAAACUUCCAAAAUUUUAUGUGUAGCAACUUUUUGAUACACUGAUCAUCAAAUUAUAAAAGUAAGUGUCCAAAAAACUUAUCGUCAUUUAAUUCGGUAUUUUUGGGCAAAGUUAUCUUCUGUUAAUGAACUUGUCCAACAAGUCAAAAUUAAAAUUUUUGUAAUUGGCCACUGUCACUAUCAUUGUUUAAUAAAAAUUAUAAAACUUUAA